CGUCACGAUGUAAACGGGGCAUUAGUUCCUGUUUUGAAACCGUUUGCUCGCAUCAUGGCCGCAGUACGCAGCCUACGUGUUUCGGUAAAGCCAGACUGCUCAGGGUCGGAUUCAGACCGAGAUGCCCGCGAAUUUGAACCGAUGGAGGUGGAGGAGGGCGAACUCGAGGCAGAGGACAUCCCUGUUAACCGGUCCUUGAAUGAACUGCUGCCGGAGGCGAUUGAGAGGACGGAGAAGAGCGCAGAAAGGUUCCACUUCUGUGCAGAGGCCAACCCAGCCCAGAUUGUGGCGCUAGACAGAGACACCAUGAAGAAAGCCAUCCCUAACUUGCGUCUGGAGGCGCUGCACGUGGCGGGUGUGGAUGAUAUGAGCACCCAGGAUGUGUUUGGCUACUUUAAGGAGUACCCUCCAGCACACAUCGAGUGGAUCGACGACACCUCCUGUAACGUGGUGUGGCUGGAUGAUGUCACUUCCACCCGGGCUCUGAUCAACAUCAGCCAUGUGCCUGACCCAGAGGUGGUUACCAAAGAGACAGACGACACCAAAGAACUUGGCGAUCCCACCCAGGAGAGCAAGGCUCGAGGGCAAUCAGGUUCCGAUGAUGAUGAUGGAGAGGUGGAGGAGGAGCAAAAAGAGCCGGUGAAAGAGAACCGUGAGGAAAGUGAGGGAAAAGCCAGCGAGGGAGAGACUGAGAAGAAAACAGAACCUGAGAUCACCCAGGUGGACCUGCUGUCCCAGGCAGAGAUUGAGUCACUGCUCCGGAACGAUUUACGUCCAGCCACCAAACCCUUCAAGGGCAACAGACUCUUCCUGAGGUUGGCCACUCACGAUGAUAAGAAGGAGCUGGGUGCGGUGAGGAAGAGCAGAUAUUACAUGAAGUACGGCAACCCCAACUACGGAGGCAUGAGGGGCAUCCUCAGCAACUCCUGGAAGAGACGGUAUCACACACGCAGAAUUGUGAGCAAGAGCAAGAAACCUCUCAUAGGGGACAGCAUGGGGGACACACCGCCCUACAAACACAGCCACUCUGCUGACCUGAUCAACCUGCCAGAAGAACCAAUAGAGGAAGAAGAGGAUGAGGAAGAAGACAUGGACUCAGACGACAGGGUGGUGGAGUACAAGGAGAAGGGGGAAAGAGGGAGGGUGAGGGUGGGGGACCCAGUGGUGGCCCUGUGGAGUCGUUUGGGCAGACCCUCUUCCCCCUCGGUCUUGUCGGACUCAGACGAGAUGGACUAUGACUUGGAGCUCAAGAUGAUCUCCACCCCAUCUCCCAAGAAGAGCAUGAAGAUGACCAUGUACGCAGACGAGGUCGAGACCAACCUCAAGACUAUACGACACUCUGCUGUUCGGAGUGACAGCGGCAGUGGCAUCCGGAACAGGAUUGGUGGAGGAUCAGUGGGCGAGACCAAAAGCAGUGCGGUGGAGAAAGUGAUGGACGUGAGGCAGCUAUUGGAGGAGAAGAGACGUGGCCUAUCCCAGCACAAACAUGGCCACCCUGUGGCCAGCAUUGGAAAGACAGAUGUGAGGCAGCGGUUAGGGAAGAGGCCGUACUCUUCUGAGAGACGACACUCUGCCUCUCCCGUCGCCUCCCGAGACUCACCCCCUCCCCGACAGCCCAUCACAGAUGUGCACAGGCGACUGGGCGUGGUCAAACAAGACACCCGUCGCCUCUACCCUGAUUCGUCCAAAGACAGGAAAUCAAGUCGUCUGUGGAGCAGGCUCGGCCCCUCCUAUAAGGGCGAGGUUCCCGAGCGGAAGCCUCCCAGUCACGGAGCGGGUUCGGGAUCAACCAGCUCCAAGUUGGGGGGGCGAGGAGGAGAAGAUGUUGAGAAGGAGAACGACUCUGCACUGCAGAAGGUGUGGGGGGCCUUGAUCAAACAGAAGGAACAGCAGACCCACAAGAUGAAGAGGAGUCGGCUUGACAACCUGCCCUCGCUACAGAUAGAGGACAAUGACCCAACACACCUCCAGGCUGUGUAAGGGCUAUUUGACCAAGAAGGAGAGUGAUGGAGUGCUGCAUCAGAUGACCUGGCCUCCACAAUCACCCGACCUCAACCAAAUUGAGAUGGUUUGGGAGGAGUUGGACCACACAAUGAAGGAAAAGCAGCCAACAAGUGCUCAGCAUAUGUGGGUACUACCUCAAGACUGUUGGAAAAGCAUUCCAGGUGAAGCUGGUUUAGAGAAUGCCAAGAGUGUGCAAAGCUGUCAUCUAGGCAAAGAGUGGCUAAAUAUAUUUUGAUUUAACACUUCUUUUUUGUUACUAAAUGAUUCCAUAUGUGUUAUUUCAUAGUUUUGUUGUCUUCACUAUUAUUCUACAAUGUGGAAAAUAGUAAAAAUAAAGAAAAAUCCUUGAAUGAGUAGGUGUGUACAAACUUUUGACUGGUACUGUAUGUGUGUGUGUAUACCGUGAAAUGCUUGCUUACAAGCCCUUAACCAACAAUGCAGUUCAAGAACUAGAGUUAAGAAAUUAUUUACUAAAAAAAGUAAAUCAAAUAAUAAAACACAAUGACAUAACAAUAACGAGGCAAAUAUACAGGGGGUAACCAAAGUGUUAAACAAAUGAAAAUAUAUUUUAGAUUUUUCAAAAUAGCCACCCUUUGCCUUGAAGACAAAAACAUUUGAAACCCUGGAAUGAGUAGGUGUGUCCAAACCUUUGACUGGUACUAUAUAGAUAUACAUAAACGCAACAUGUGUUGGUCCCAUGAUUCACGAGAUGAAAUAAAAGAUCCCAGAAAUGUUGUUUACAUCCCAUUUAGUGAGCAGUUUAUUCUUUGAUAAGAUAACCCAUCCACCUGACAGGUUUGGCAUAUCAAGAAGCUGAUUAAACAGAAGGCUCAUUACGCAGGUGCACCUCGUGCUGGGGACAAUAAAAUGCCACUCUAAAAUGUGCAGUUUUGUCACAGCUCAAUGCUACAGAUGUCUCAAGUUUUGAGGGAGCAUGCACGAGGCAUACAGACUUUAGGAAAGUCCAACAGAACUGUUGCCAGAUAAUUUAAUGUUCAUUUCUCUACGAUAAGCCACCUCCAAGGUUGUUUUCAAGCAUUUAGCAGUACGUCCAACUGGCCUCAAAACCGCAGACUCUGUAACCACGCCAGCCCAGGACAACCACAUCUGGCGUCUUCACUUGCAGGAUUGUCUGAGACCAGCCACCCGGACAUCUGAUGAAACUGUGUUAGCACAACUGAAGAAUUUCUGCACAAACUGUCAGAAACAGUCUCAGGGAAGCUCAUCUGCGUGCUCGUCGUCCUCAGCAGGGUCUUAAACUGACUGCUGUUCGGUGUCGUAACUGACUUCAGUGGGCAAAUGCUCACCUUUUGAUGGCCACUGGCACGCUGGAGCUCUUAACGGAUGAAUCCUGGUUCAACUGUAUCGGGCAGAUGGUGUCGUGUGGGCGAGCAGUUUGCUGAUGUUAGUGUUGUGAACAGAGUGCAGCAUGGUGGCGGUAGGGUUAUGGUAUGGACAGGCAUAAGCUACGUACAACGAACACGAUUGCAUUUUUUCAAUGGCAAUUUGAAUGCACAGAGAUGCCGCGAUGAGAUCCUGAGGCCCAUUGUCAUGCCAUUCAUCCGCUGCCAUCACCUCAUGUUUCAGCAUUAUAAUGCAUGGCACCAUGUCGCAAGGAUCUGUACACAAUUCCUGGAAGCUUAAGGUGUCCCAGUUCUUCCAUGGCCUGCAUACUCACCAGACAUGACACUCAUUGAGCAUGUGUGAGACGCUCUGGAUUGACAUGUACGACAGUGUGUUCCAGUUCCCGCCAAUAUCCAGCAACAUCUCACAGCCAUUGAAGAGGAGUCGGACAACAUUCAACAGCCCACAAUCAACAGCCUGAUCAACUCGGUGUCAUGCUGCAUGAGGCAAAUGGUGGUCACACCAGAUACUGACUGGUUUUCAAAUCCACUCCCCCUACUUUUUUUUUAACGAUAUCUGUGACCAACAGAUUCAAAUCUGCAUUCCCAGUCAUGUGAAACACAUAGAUUAGAGCCUAAUGAAUUUUUCAAUAGACUGAUUGCCUUAUAUGAACUGUAACGCAGUCAAAUCUUUGAAAUUGUUUCAUGUUGUGUUUACUUUUGUUCAAUGUAGUUAUAGUUGAUAUAGAUUCUAAAGAAUUUGAAGUUAGCCUGAAUGUUUUAAAGUUGAUCUUGUAGCUUAAUUGGCCAAGGAGCAGGACAAUUUUGAACAGCUACCUCUGUAUUCCUGUGGUUCUCAUUCAAACCAUGUUAAUUUAUGCAAAUGUAAAAUGGUUAUAGUUCAAAAAGUGUAUAUAUAAACUCAUUAAAAAAAGAAAUGUCCUC